UGGAGGCCGGGAAAGGGCGGGGCCAGCAGGGGGACCUGCUGCUGGGAGAGCGGCGGCUGGAGCGGGGGCCAUGGCGAAGCUGCUGAGCUGCGUCCUAGGCCCCCGGCUCUACAAAAUCUACCGGGAAAGGGACUCGGAAAGGGCCCCGUCCGGCGUCCCUGAGACUCCAACUUCAGUCACUACCCCCCCUUCCAGCUCCUGGGAUACGUACUACCAACCCCGUGCCCUGGAGAAGCAUGCUGACAGCAUUCUGGCACUGGCUUCAGUCUUCUGGUCCAUCUCUUAUUACUCCUCUCCCUUCGCCGCCUUCUACUUAUACAGGAAAGGUUACUUGAGUUUGUCCAAAGUGGUGCCGUUUUCUCACUAUGCUGGGACGUUGCUACUACUUUUGGCAGGCGUGGCCUGUCUCCGAGGCAUCGGCCGCUGGACCAACCCCCAGUACCGGCAGUUCAUCACCAUCUUGGAGGCAACGCACAGGAACCAGUCUGCCGAAAACAAGCGGCAGCUCGCCAACUACAACUUUGAUUUUAAGAGCUGGCCAGUCGACUUCCACUGGGAAGAGCCCAGCAGCCGGAAGGAGUCUCGAGGGGGCCCUUCCCGCCAAGGGGUGGCUCUGCUUCGCUCAGAGCCCCUGCACCGGGGGACAGCAGACACCCUCCUCAACCAGGUCAAGAAGCUGCCUUGUCAGAUAACCAGCUACUUGGUGGCGCACACCCUGGGGCGCCGGAUGCUGUACCCUGGCUCAGUGUACCUGCUCCAGAAGGCCCUCAUGCCUGUGCUGCUGCAGGGCCAGGCCCGGCUGGUGGAAGAGUGUAACGGGCGCCGGGCGAAGCUGCUGGCCUGUGAUGGCAACGAGAUUGACACCAUGUUUGUAGACCGGCGGGGGACAGCAGAGCCCCAGGGACAGAAGCUGGUGAUCUGCUGUGAGGGGAACGCGGGCUUCUAUGAGGUGGGCUGCAUUUCUACACCUCUGGAAGCCGGAUAUUCAGUUCUGGGCUGGAACCAUCCAGGCUUUGCUGGAAGCACGGGGGUGCCAUUUCCUCAGAAUGAGGCCAAUGCCAUGGAUGUGGUGGUCCAGUUUGCCAUCCACCGCCUGGGCUUCCAGCCCCAGGACAUCAUCAUCUAUGCCUGGUCCAUCGGCGGCUUCACUGCCACGUGGGCAGCCAUGUCCUACCCAGACAUUAGUGCCGUGAUCCUGGAUGCCUCCUUUGAUGACCUGGUGCCCUUGGCCUUGAAGGUCAUGCCAGAUAGCUGGAGGGGCCUGGUGACCAGGACCGUGAGGCAGCAUCUCAAUCUGAACAACGCAGAACAGCUGUGCAGGUACCAGGGCCCUGUGCUGCUGAUCCGCAGAACCAAGGAUGAGAUCAUCACUACCACGGUUCCCGAGGACAUCAUGUCCAACCGAGGCAAUGACCUCCUGCUGAAGCUCCUGCAGUAUCGGUAUCCCCGUGUGAUGGCAGAGGAGGGUCUUCGAGUGGUGAGGCAGUGGCUGGAGGCCUCCUCACAGCUGGAGGAAGCCUCGAUCUACAGCCGUUGGGAGGUGGAGGAGGACUGGUGCCUAUCUGUCCUCCGCUCCUACCAGGCAGAACACGGGCCUGACUUUCCCUGGAGUGUGGGGGAGGACAUGGAUGCAGACGGAAGGCAGCAGCUGGCCUUGUUUCUGGCUCAGAAGUAUCUGCACAACUUUGAGGCCACACACUGCACCCCGCUCCCAGCCCAGAACUUCCAGAUGCCCUGGCACCUCUAGCGACCACAGUGGGACUCGUUCUGAAAGAGUGGGACAGGAGGAGACAGGAGGAAGGAUCCUCUUAUUUGUGAUUCUCUGUGUUCAUGUUGCUGUUUAUAGUUUGUGGGAAGUGGGGGGACUGUCCCCCUUCUCACUGCCCUCUUGCACGUUUCCCCUCAUCCCUCUGGCAGUACCUAACCUUUCCCAACACGCAGCCUGCAUUCGAUGGAUUAUUCCUAAUAAUUAAUAAAAAGGUAUUUUUUCUACA